CCUACGUCACUUCCGGCGCGCCAGAUCCUGAACCACCUAUGAAGUUGUCAACUGGCGUCAGAAGUUUCUCCCUGUGUUGUUCUUACUAACUUCGCAGUGUUUAGAUCGUAUUUUGGGGUCAUCUGCUUCCGAUGGAUAAAAGUUCACUUAUGUGUAAUGCCUUUGUGGCAGUUCCGAUAAUAUUAUGUUGCUAAGUUUAACUGUUAGCAGCCAGACUAGCACCGCUAGCUGCUACUAUUAGCAACUGAGGCAGCAGUACAGGUAACUUUAAAUAAAACGCCCUUAAUUGUUCCAAAAAAAGCCACAUGGAUCUACAUGGAUCAUCUGUAUGCAGGUAACUAGACGUACGGGCUGUCUUAGAUUGUAGCCAGUGUGUGCUAGUUAGCUUUAUCUGUCAACAUGUCUAAUCAGCUGACUGCAGAGCAGCAGCGAAUGAUUGAGGAGAACAGGCGGAAGGCUUUAGAAAGAAGAGCCCAAAGACUUGGACAGGCUAACAGCACCAGUGUGAAGACCUCAGCAGGCCCCCGCAGUACGUCAGUGCAAAUACAGCUCCCCAAACAGAGUCCGGAUCCUGCUGCCUCAACUCAGUACAGAGAAACCGCAACUUCUGCUGCAAAACGCUUCGUCCUACCCUUUCAAAAGGAAACACAGAGCCAAAAUCAUCGUCAGCUGCCUGGCACUGGCAGUCAGUUCAACCAAAGUACUGUGUGUAACUCUGCAUCUUCAAAACAGAUUACCAACUCAUUUCCUCAGAAAAGUCAACAUUUGAGUAGCCCCAUCUUGUCUCCUGUAGGAAGCACCCCUGUGAAGCCAGUUCAGGCCAAACAUCAGCUCACUUCCAGCAGCUCUGGAGGUGCAGUUAGCUCAUUUUACAAGCAAACCAGUAAACCUGCUCAGAAUCAAGUGGCACAGCUUUCCUCUAACUCCACAACUACAAAUGUUGUACCUGCAAAAAAGCCUGCGAUCUCUGUGAGGGGAAGAUGUGUACCCCACACAGAGAACCGUUUCAGGGUAGAAGUGGGCUAUCAUGCAGGGCUUAUUGCUGUUUUCAAGUCCAUCCCCUCAAAGAACUAUGACCCUGCCACGAAAAUGUGGAACUUCAGUCUGGAGGAUUACCGACAGCUAAUGGAGGAAGCAGCUGCCAUUCCCUCAGUGUCUUUAAGACCUCUGGAGGGAAUGGAAGCGGUGGAUAUUGCGGAGGUCGCCAGCCGAGCUCGUGAUGGCGCGGCCCUGGCAGCACUGCUAAAGUUGUGUAAUGGCUGGCAGAAGCCUGGAGCCAUUUUGCAGGGCCAGUGCGUUCUGGUGUCCCGGACAAAGUUUGAGGUCGAUAUCGGUUACCAUGUUGAUGUCAUUGCGGCGUUCAAGCAAAUGCCAUCAAAAAACUACGACACAAAAACAAGGAAGUGGAGUUUUUCACUUGAGGACUACAAGAGACUCAUGGAUCUCCUCAGUGGGAUAGCAGCAGUGGAGGUGGAGCCUCUUCCCAGGGCAGUGAUCCAGGGUUUCUCUGCCAGGUUUGAUGGGACUGAAGCCAGGUCUUUAGACGUCCCUGAGGCAGACCUCUCCAGCAUCGACCCCUCUCUCACCCACAGCCUCAUGCCCUUCCAGAGGGAUGGAGUCAAUUAUGCAGUGUCUAAACAGGGCCGCCUCCUCCUGGCUGAUGACAUGGGCUUGGGAAAGACUGUUCAGGCCAUCUGUAUAGCAGCUUAUUACAGAAAUGAGUGGCCUUUAUUGGUGGUGACUCCCUCCUCUGUACGAUUCACCUGGGCUGAGGCCUUCAGACGCUGGCUCCCCUCCUUGACUCCUGACAGCAUCAACGUAGUGGUGAAGGCCAAAGACAGUCUGCGGUCUGGUUUGAUCAACAUCAUCAGCUAUGACCUGCUGAGCAGGAUGGACAAGCAGCAGCCAGGAAAUCCCUUCAAUGUUCUCAUCAUGGAUGAGUCUCACUUCCUGAAAAACAUGAAGACUGCUCGUUGUAAAGCAGCCUUGCCUUUGCUGAAGGCAGCGAAGAGAGUGAUUCUUCUGUCAGGGACCCCCGCCAUGUCCAGACCCGCUGAGCUGUACACCCAGAUUCUGGCCGUCAGACCGACUCUCUUUCCACGCUUCCAUGAGUUUGGGAUCCGCUAUUGUGAUGCCAAACAGAUGACUUGGGGCUGGGACUACUCGGGCUCUUCUAAUCUAGGGGAAUUGAAGCUGUUGUUGGAAGAGAGUCUGAUGCUGCGUCGUCUGAAGUCUGACGUCCUUUCCCAACUUCCUGCUAAACAGCGCAAGGUGGUCACAGUGACCAUCGAUGGGAUCAACACCCGCACAAAAGCUGCUCUGUCAGCUGCAGCCAAACAGUUGGCCAAAGGACAUCGCAGCAAAAUGGAAGAGAAGGAAGCCCUGCUCGUCUUUUAUAACCACACAGCCGAAGCCAAACUACAAGCCAUUAUGGAGUACAUCACAGACAUGCUGGAGUGUGGGAGGGAGAAGUUUCUCGUGUUUGCCCAUCAUAAAUUAGUCCUGGAUCAUAUCGUCACCGAACUGGGCAAAAAAAAUAUCAGUUUUAUCCGUAUUGAUGGGGCCACUCCGUCAGCAGAGCGACAGCAACUGUGCGAAAGGUUUCAGUACUCAGCCAAGACCUAUGUGGCCGUACUGUCCAUCACUGCAGCUAAUAUGGGUCUCACGCUGCACUCUGCAGACCUAGUGAUCUUUGCUGAGCUUUUCUGGAACCCUGGGGUUCUCAUUCAAGCAGAGGAUAGAGUUCAUCGUAUUGGACAAACCAGCAGUGUGAACAUUCACUACCUGGUUGCCAAGGGAACUGCUGAUGAUCACCUAUGGCCCAUGAUCCAGGAAAAAAUGAAUGUCCUGGAGCAAGUGGGUCUGUCUGAGUCAAACCUCUCGGAAAAGGCAGAGAACGCUAGCUUCCACUCUAAGGAUCCUAACCAGAGAAGCAUCAUGGAGAUGUUCCAGAGAUCUUUCUCUGCGGAUGAUGACAUGGAUGAAGCCAUCUUAAUGGAGGCUGCGAACGACUGGGAGGACACUCCGCCCGAAAACACAUCUGCUCAACCCCACGGCACCACUACGGGCAAGCAGUGGAGCUUCAAAGACGGAUGACUGAGAAAUUUUAUUACCAUCAUUUUUGGUUUGCCCAUGCAGCGAGACCUUGUCCUACAUUUAAGCUUAUCAUGACUACACUGAGUUAAAAGUGCUUCCUUUAUUUUAAUAGAUGAAAACUACAAUAAACCUUUUUGUUUUGCUAA